AUGAAGUCAUUAAUUGACGAUGAAGACGUGGAAGUAAGCAGAUUCCGUCGUAACGCAUUCUCAGCAGUUGCUCUUUCCACUUCUUGUAUUCUGGCGAUUGUGAUUCUGACCCCAAUUGCUUAUCAAGCAAUUCAGAGAAUUCAUUCAAACCUUCUUAACGAUGCACAUUUUUGUCAGUCUCGAAACCGUGACUUGUGGACAGAGACGAUGGAAAUGGCUAGAAGUCGUGGAAGAGAUGAAGAAUUAGUGGCACGAACGAAGAGAGAAGUCAAGGGAACGUGGCUUUUCGGCCAGUACAUUCCAGAUAGAUCGAGCAGAAACCGUAGACAACAGUACGCCGAAGCACAGGCAGCUGGAGGAGGAGCUCCACCGCCAGCAGAGUGUAGAAGAGGGCCACCAGGACCACCAGGAGACAAUGGAGUUGAUGGCAGUGAUGGAAAAGAUGGAGCACCAGGAACAGAUGGAAAGAACGGAGAACAACCACAAGCUCCGUCUGAUGCCGGAUAUCAAGAAGGACCAUCUGAUACUGUUGAAGCAUGUGUUAGAGAAUGUCCUCCUGGACCACCAGGACCCACUGGAGCACCAGGAGACAAAGGAGCAAGAGGAUAUCCCGGAGAGAGUGGAGAACCAGGAACACCUGGAAAAGCUGGACCAAAAGGAAACGCAGGACCCGCUGGACCACCAGGACCGCCAGGAUAUCCAGGACGUCCAGGAGAGACUGGAGGUAAUGGAAAGACUCUUGCCGGUGAAGCUCCACCAGGUCCACCAGGACGUCAAGGAGAAAUGGGACCACAAGGACCACCCGGACCACCAGGACCCCGUGGAAAGGAUGGAGCUGGUGGAGAGAAGGGGGCACCAGGGGAUCAAGGAAAUCCAGGACCAUAUGGUAAACCAGGACAACCUGGAGAGCCAGGAUCCGAUGGAUCUGCUGGUGAGAAAGGAUCUUGUGAUCAUUGUCCACCACCGAGAACACCACCAGGUUAUUAA